AUCAGUUUAGCAACUCGAAUCAAAAGUUGAUAAAGCAAAAUGCGUUUCUUCGUCGCCACCCUUUCUAUCGUCGUCGUCGUUGCGGCUCUCACCUAUGGAUCUCCAGCUGAUCCAGUUGCGACCGCCACCAAUACUGCCGGAGCUGUCGCCCAAACUGGCACUGGCAUCCUUGGAGGAAUCCUCGGAGGUCUUGGGAAUACCGUAACUGGCCUGGUUAGCACCUUGGCCGCAACACUGACCCAAGCUCUCACAAGCCUCGGAAAUGCCGUCUCAGUCGUCGUUACGGCCGUUGGAACCAUUCUUCUGACCGUUGUUGGUCUUGCUGGCGAACUCGUCACCAUCGUUCUCAAUGGUGUUGGUCAGAUUAUCAGUGUUGUUACAAACCUCGUUGGACAGGUGUCUUCUGCCCUGCAGAGCACCCUCCAGACUGUGAUCAACACUCUGGUCAGCCUGGGCACUCAAAUCCCCGCUGCGCUCACCAACCUUGCCAAUGGAAUCGUCGAUGGAGUAAACAGCGUUGUUGGCCAAGUUACUGGAGCCGCCUCAGGCUAAACUGAUUGAUCAGUCAAGACGAUGAUCUGAAGUACCUGUUUGACGCUGUACCUGGACGCUGAACCUCUUUGUGAUAUGCGCAUAUUUUAGUCAGUCAAUUAACUACAGGAAGCUCUUUGUAUGAAAACAUUUUAAUACGUUUCUAUUAAUAUAAUCAACUGCAU